CAGAUCUAUUGUGGUUCCUGGUACUAAGUAGAUCUGGCGAGUCUAAAACUCUAAGUCUAUAAAUAACGGACUCCGGCAAACAGGUAGUGUCCGGCAAACUUUGAACAACCUGUGCCGUAAGGACACUAUUCGUACCCGGCAAAGAUUGAGGGCCGCCCCAGAAAUGGCAACCGUACAGUCUCACAAUUUUAACUUCCAGCAGCUCCAAAGCAGCCAGCCAAAAGUCAAGUCAAGCAAUAACUCCAAGCAACAAACAAUCCAAAAUGAUGCGCAUUUUGUUCCUCUCCAUGCUCCUUGCAGUCUUGAUUGCCAUGGCGUCUGCUGCUUCCCACCAGGAUGAACCCGGUCGUGUGCUUCGUACCCCUGCUUCCCACCAGCCCAAGCAUGAGAUUCGCAAACUUGAUGAAAGUGGAGAAAGUGGAGAUGAAGGUGGUGAAGGUGGAGACAGUGGAGAUAGUGGAGAUAGUGGUGAUGAUGACGACGAAUCGGACUGCUUUGAUACUUGUUGGGGUGACGCUACUGAUGACGAGAUCGAUGCCUGGACUGAGGACCAAUGGAUUGAAUGGGGGACUUGUGCUGAUACAGCCUGUGAUUGCACGGAUGACGAAUGCGCAGCUGAUGCGGAUUGUUCGGAGGCUACUUGUACUUAGAUGAAUGCAUCCAUGGAGACGAAUGAAGAAGGAAUGAACGAGGAUGGAAGGAAGGAGGAGAAUAUCAAGAUGGGCAUCAAUCAAGAUGCGCAAUGAGGAUCGGUUGGUUUGCUGGCGAGUUGCUCCACAUUGAUGGCUGGCUGCAUGGUUGGUUGGCUAGAAGAAGUGUGUGUUGCAGCAAUUCCCAGGGAAUCAGUAUUGGAGGAGGAUGUCAUGCCAUUUACUUUAUAGAUGCAUUGCUAAUAGAAAGAAAAAUGAAUCGAAUC